AUUCGACUUUGGAGACGCGCGUGUCGGGCUCUCCGAUAAAAGCGCCGUUUUGUUACGCAUCUAGGUUCCGAGUGUAAUAACCAUAGUAGAAAUACAGUGCGCGGACGUGAUAUUGUGGAUUUUCGCUGCAACAGGUGGUCGACGUUUACUCUGUCCGUGCGAUUGCAACUACGGGAUUAUCGCUCAUGGUGAUUGUGUGAUUCAGCGACGGAUUAAUCGGAAACUGUUGUUGGUGUUUUUUUUUCUCGUUUCUCAAACACGCGUGUCUUAUAUCGUGUUAUUAUUAUAAGACGAUUAUCUCUACGGCGUGUAAUCUCUGUAUUUCGAGGCAUCGCGCGAUGCGUUAACAAGGGAUAGAAAUAUCUCAGACAUUUUCGUUUCUUAUUAAAGUGUAUCUCUCACGGAAUAAAAAUGUCGUUCAUCAGUGUGAAUAAAAAGAAGAAAUUGGGCGCGUGCAGAUGCAUCUCGUUGACCAAGACCAGUUCUAGAUACCUCCGGACUUGCUUCACGCCGCAUACGGGCGAUUACAUCAGACACCCGGUUCUUUACGAACUGUCGAACAAGUAUGGAGUGGCUGGCAGUGACCAGGGACCCUUGCCCGCUCGUCUCGACGUGCUGCGAGAGCACAUACGCCGAGAAAUACGCAAGGAAUUGAAGAUAAAGGCUGGUGCAGAGAAGCUGAGAGAGGUCGCGACCGAUCGCAAGUCACUCUCCGACGUCGCGACGAUCGUGAAGAAGGCCAACAGCAAGCUGAACGAACUCCAGGCGGAGCUCCAGCAGCUCGAGAGUCAAAUUAUACUGACACAGGGCCAGCCCCAAUCGCCGCAACAGAAUCACUCCAAUGGUCAAGACACGCCUCUAUCACCGAUGGGGCCUUCGUCGCCGAGUCAGGAAGGUCUAUUCACGGAUCUUCGGCUUCUGUCCUUGGAGAAGCAGCUCAAUAUCGAACUGAAGGUCAAGCAAGGUGCUGAAAAUAUGAUACAGAGUUUAACGAGCGGCCAUCGUGAUAAGAAACUGCUACAGGAGGCUCAACAAAUGUUAGACGAUUCUCGCGCCAAAAUCGAGUUCCUACGCAUGCGGAUAAUGAAGGUGCGCCAGGCGCGACAGCAGCAGCAACGAGAUGACUCGUUGCCACCGAAUGGCGAAGCAUCUAGCAAUAAAGAUAGGUACGAGCCCAGCUUGGAGCUCGCGUUGGAAGAGAGGGUGGAGGAGCUGCGGCAUCGAUUACGAAUAGAGGCAGCUGUCGUAGAAGGUGCCAAGAACGUGAUACGUCUUCUACAAAGUGCCAGAGUCGCUGAUAAGAAGGCCUUAACCGAGGCUCAAGCAAGCCUCGCGGAAUCCAGUCGAAAAUUGGAUUUGCUCAGACUGUCCCUUGAACUCAGAAGACAAGAGCUACCACCUGAUAGCGGUACUGCAGCUCAAUUAAAAAGAGAAUUAGCUAGCGUGCAAUCGGCUAGUCCAGUUCCUGUUACUUAUACAUCAUUACAACCGUUCCGCGGUCCUUUGGAGAGUAAAACUACCAUACCAGCUUCAGUAUCGAGAUGCGCCGCUGUCACAGGAAAAUUAGAAGUAAGGCUUAUGGGAUGUCAAGAUUUGGCGGAAGAAGUCCCUGGCCGUACACGGAGAGAACAUCCUGCUAGUCCUGAUUUACGUAGCUUCGUUAAGGGUGUUAAAGGACUUAGUUCGAGCAAAUCGUAUAGUGUGAAAGAUGAAACAAGCAAUGACAUUAUGGCAGUUAUAAAAUUGGAUAAUCAAACUGUAGGACAGACUAGCUGGCGUCCAUGUUCUCAACAAGCUUGGGACCAAAGGUUUUCCAUUGAACUAGAUAAAUCGAGAGAACUUGAAAUAGGCAUUUACUGGAAAGAUUGGAGAUCUCUAUGUGCAGUCAAGUUCUUACGUUUAGAGGAAUUUAUUGAUGAUGUCCGACAUGGCAUGGCCUUACAGUUGGAACCGCAAGGUCUCCUGUUCGCGGAAAUAAAAUUCUUGAAUCCAAUGAUAUCGAGAAAGCCUAAGUUGCAACGUCAACGAAAGAUUUUCAAACAGCAGGUGAAAAAUUUCCCAAGAGCAAAUCAAAUGAAUAUAAACGUUGCAACUUGGGGUAGAUUGCUUAAACGUUCGGCACCUUCAAUGCACAAUUCCAGAAGCUCGGAAAGUCCACCGACAGGACCACAACCAUUGCAACUUGUAUUUGAUACCUCGAUAGAAGAUAAACCUGAGACUCCCGGCGAAGUGCCUGAUCCGGAGAAAGGUGGAUUAGGCGGUGCACGGCCUUUGGGAAUGUCAACGACGACUAAUAGUCCAACUUUACCACGUCCGCCAGAACAUCCUCCCCCACCGCCACCAACUGUUACGAAGAAACCAUCUAUACCUGCACCUGCACCACCUCCUAAAUUAGAUCAAGAGUUACAGAGUGCAUUAAGGGAGUUUGAUUUUCUGCACAACGAGGAAAAGGGCGGGCCUCAGGGUGCAAAUUUGAGGCCCCUGGUGACAGAGCCCCGCCCUGUGCUGAUUGCACCACCCUCUCCACGCACACCCUCGCCCCAACCUGUCGUCGAGUUUCCUGAGGAUGAGGCUGUAUAUGAACUGCCAAUCAGACCUCAUCAGUAUAGAGACAGUGCCUAUGAGUCGAGAAGACAUUCUCAAAUUAAUGGUAUGACUUUGGAAAACUUUAGACUGCUCUCCGUACUCGGUCGUGGACAUUUUGGCAAAGUGAUACUAUCGCAAUACAGAAACACGGGAGAGUAUUUCGCAAUCAAGGCCUUGAAGAAGGGAGACAUUAUAGCUAGAGACGAAGUGGAAUCAUUACUGUCUGAAAAAAGAAUAUUUGAAGUAGCGAAUACAACGCGCCAUCCUUUCCUCGUAAAUCUAUUUGCGUGCUUUCAAACUGAGGCACAUGUCUGUUUCGUAAUGGAAUAUGCGGCUGGUGGUGAUCUUAUGAUGCAUAUACAUGCCGAUGUUUUCGGAGAGCCACGUGCUGUAUUUUAUUCAGCUUGCGUUGUUUUAGGAUUACAAUACUUGCAUGAAAAUCGCAUUAUUUACAGAGACUUGAAAUUAGAUAAUUUAUUGUUGGAUACGGAAGGUUAUGUUAAAAUCGCAGAUUUCGGCCUAUGUAAAGAAGGCAUGGGAUAUGGAGAUAGGACAGGUACAUUCUGCGGUACUCCUGAAUUCUUAGCGCCCGAAGUUUUGACAGAGACUUCUUAUACACGAGCUGUAGAUUGGUGGGGACUUGGAGUCUUGAUCUUUGAAAUGCUGGUUGGAGAGUCUCCUUUCCCAGGUGAUGAUGAGGAAGAAGUGUUCGAUUCCAUUGUAAAUGAUGAAGUACGAUAUCCACGAUUUCUUUCUUUGGAAGCGAUAGCAAUCAUGAGAAGAUUAUUGAGGAAAAAUCCGGAUAGAAGAUUAGGUAGCAGUGAAAGAGAUGCGGAAGAUGUUAAGAAACAAGCAUUUUUCAGACAUAUUGCUUGGGAUGAUCUGCUUUUAAGGCGUGUAAAACCACCUUUUGUACCAGUAAUUCAUUCGGUGGAAGAUGUAAGUAAUUUUGAUGAAGAAUUUACAUCAGAGAAGCCACACUUAACGCCUCCAAAAGAUCCUCGGCCUCUCAGUGACUUAGAGCAAGGCCUAUUUAAAGACUUUACUUAUAUGGCUGAUUGGUGCUAGCCAUAGGAUUAAUAUCUGUGUGCGAACGGAAUUACCAGCAUGUCAUAAUUGAAGAAAAAGUUGUUUUCACUACUACAAAAUGAAAUUUUUUGCACAACUGCAUUAAUUGCAGGUUGUUUAUUUGAACAAUAUACAUAUAUAUAUAUCUCCCAUCAUGUAUACAUAUUUCGUAUUUUUUAAUAUUAACGAUCGCAGUAUAUAUUAAGAAGAGAAAUUUUUAUUGAAUCUCAGGUUUUCUCCAUUAUGCUUUUAAUAAGUAUUUGAUACAUACUUGGAGUUUACAAUCUCCAGUUUCAUAUUAAAUAACAUAUAUAUAUGCAAAUAGAUAAUUGUUAAUGUUUAUACGGUUGAUGAGAUAUAUAAUAGUGCUGUCAAUAUUCAAGACUAUCUGGUUAUUUCAGAUAUUACUCAGAUACAUUGUUUAAUUCGAUAUAGACAACUGAAUGAGAAAUUAUACAUAGAAUAUUGAAAAAAUUGUUGACUAAUCGAUUCUGCUCAAUAUUCUAUGUAUAAAAGUAUAUUAGAUGAUAUUAUUAAAAACUAAAUAUUUUUUGCUAUAUGCAUAUACACACAUAUACAUGAUAAGCUAAUAAAAUCCUACUUAUUUUGUAGUACUGAUUUGUUUGAAAAUAUUGAAACAUGUCAACUUUUGUUUCUGUAAAAAUCUAAAAUUAUAAUAAAUUCAAAUCAUGCUACUUUGUUGAAAUAGCUAUUCCUUUAAAAAUUUUAAAUAGUGAUAAAGGUGAUGUAACGGUUUAAAAGUAUGACGAAUAUCUGGGUAAUAUCAAUAUAAUUUAUAUUGACAGCACUAGUAUAUAAAUGAGUUCUUUAAAAUUGAUUAAAAAAUUCUCAUCAAAUAUGUAAAGAAAGAAACGAUGAAGUUAUCCAUCUUUUGACAGAGAAAUUUUUUCGUAUAAGGAUAAAUAAUUUUAGACUACAUUUGCAUAGAAGUGAUCUCUUCAAACAUCGUCCUGUCACUAGCUAUUAAAUAUGUAUCAUUGUUCUUUUAUUUGAAGAUGUAUUCUUUUCAACACUUUAUUAUCUAUAUGUAC